UCUCCGGGCGCUGCCGGCCGAGCCGAGCGGAGCCGUGCGAGCCCUCUGGCCGCCGAGCCGCCUCUCCCAUGCGCCUGCCGAGCAUGUCCCAGCCAUUCCUGCUGGCGCCCAUCGCCGAGUGCCCCCCGGGGCCGCCCGGCGCCCAGGUCCGCCUGGCCGUGCUGGGUGCCCGCGGCGUCGGCAAGAGCGCCAUGAUCGUGCGGUUCCUGACCAAGCGCUUCAUCGGCGACUACGAGCCCAACACAGGCAACCUGUACUCCCGGCUGGUCCAUCUGGACGGGGACCACGUUGCCGUACAGAUCCAAGACACGCCGGGAUGCAUUCAGGUGCAGGAGGACUGCGUGCAGGUGCUGGACUCCCUGUCCCGGUGUGUGAAGUGGGCAGAGGGCUUCCUGCUGGUCUACUCCAUCACAGACUACAGCAGCUACCAGUCCGUCCAGCCUCUCUACGAGCACAUUCGCAAGGUGCACCCCGAAGCCAGGACUCCCAUCAUUAUUGUGGGGAACAAAGCAGACCUCCUCCACGCCAGGCAAGUUCAGGCAAAAGAGGGACUACAGCUGGCAGAUGAACUGGGCAGCCUGUUCUUGGAAAUCUCCACCAGUGAGGACUCCCAAGGUGUCUGUGAUGUCUUCCAGUACCUUUGCAAGGAGGUCAGCAAACUACAGCAUGCUGGCAGCACAGACAGGAGGCGGUCAUCCAUCAUCCCUCGGCCCAAAUCUCCCAACAUGCAAGAUCUAAAGAGACGUUUCAAACAGGCUUUAUCUUCCAAAGUCAAAUAAACCUCCCAAUGGCAUCCUCUGGGACUCAAUAGAAUUUAUUUUUGUAAACUAGUUAAUAAAAAUCUUUAUUUUUGUACUAAUGCCAGCAGUGUAGAAGUAAGUAUGUCAAAGCUUGCCAUUUCCUUGCUGUUCUCUCAUUUGACUGGUUGGGUUAUUUUUAAAGAAAAAAAAAAGGAAAAAAAAGCUGCAUAGCAACUAAAUAAAGGUUGUUGGAAAGGGGGCUUUUGCCAGGAGGCUUUGAUUCCAUUUUUUUUUUGGGGGGGGAGACUGGGGUUUUCUGUAUUAAGCUACUGAUAUGAUUUUCUCUGAGGCUUCAAUUUCCUGUUUGUAAAAUGGGAGUGUUAAUGAUGUGAAUCAUUACCUGCCUUUAUACAAUGCUUGGAAAGUCAUUGGUGGAAAACUUUGUAGGAGAGGAUAAAAAAAGCUCAAUUAAACAUGAAAAUAUAAAAA